AUGGGCCAAGGACUCUUCGAACGAAUCCAGUCCAAGAUCGACCUCUGGCGACUGGAGCAGCGCUACACCCGCCGCCGCAACAGGCGCUCGACCUUUGUGUCCAACGCCAUCUACGUCGACGGCGAGUACAUCUACCAGACCCCCAACGCCACGGGGUCCUCCAACAACUCGUCGCAGUUCGACAGCAGCGCCAGCCCCUCGCCCACGCAUGCCCAGACCUUCCACAGCCAGUCCGAGACGACGACGGCACCAAAGGAGCAGCGCAAGAAGCUCAACCGCUUCAGCUCCAUGCCUGGCUUCGGGUCGCUGGGCAGGCGGGAUGGCGCAGCUCAGCAGCAGCAGCAGGCGGACUGGAGGACGCAGAGGGCCAGCUUUGAUGGUGCGAGGUAG